CUUCAUGUAGAAAACUCAUUGCGUGGACCAACAUAUUGAAAAACAGAGCAAAGCUGCAUCGGCAUUUGUAAGGACAGUUUGACGCUUGUGACUUUUGGUAAAGAAUGACUAGUGUAGAUGAAGAGCCAACGCAGCCCCACGACCCGGUUGAAGAGGAGGAGGAGCCCGAUGAGAUUCAAUGGAAUUUGGGCUUUGUGGAGGAGCCGGAGAAGCCGCAUUUACUAAUGCGCCACCGGUUCCCAAGCAAAGUUGGGGGGCGACCGGCCUGGCUGGACCCCCUGCGGCUGCCCAGCACGGACAUGCUGACGUGCAAGGCCAGCGGCAAGCCGCUGGACUUCCUGCUGCAGGUGUACGCGCCUGUGGACGCCAACCCGGAUGAGGGCUUCCAUCGCGCGCUGUUCCUUUUUAUCAGUCCAGAGGGCUCGCGGCUCAAGGAGCCGGGGGCGGUGCGGCUGUUCCGGUGUCAGAUGCCGCGCCGCAACGCCUUCUACUCCAGUGACCCGCCCCGGGACAAGGACAAGUUCCCCAACCCGUUGUCGGCCUCGGACGCGGACGCGUCGCGCGCGCGUGACCCCUGGCGCUCCGUGGACGCGGAGCGCCCCGCCUCUGCCACCUCCUCGGGCGGGCCGGCCUCCACCUCCUCACCCGCCGCCGCCAAGCGGAAGGGGAAAGGCAAGGGCGGCGCCGCGCCUACUGCCGCGGCCAACGGGGCCGCUGCUGAGGGCAGCGUUGCGGCGGCGCCACUGCCGCGCGAGGGCGUGCGGGGGCCUGGUGGCCUGUACCCAGAGCUGGAGCUGAUAGUGGAGCCAGAGGAGGACUACAUGGACGAGUGGGAGGAGGAGGAGGAUGGCGCGGCAGAAGGCGGGAAAGAGGCGGAAAAGAACGAGAAGAAGGAGGACGACGGGAGAGUGGAUGACGCGAAGACGGAAACCGAUGCUGGGGAGGCGCCGGCAACAGAGGCGGGAGCGGGGGCGGCGGCAGGGGCGGCGGAGAAGGGCAGCGCGCGGGGCGGUGUGGAGGCGGAGGUGCGGCGAGCGCUUGAGGAGUACCGGCGGCGCGUGGCAACGGAGGGCGAGCUGAAUGACGAGGAGCUGCCGCCGGAUGUGAUGGAGGCGCUGGAGGCCAACGCCGCGCCGGAGCAGCGCUGCUUCGUGGACUUCCAAGCGCGUGUGUCCUGGGCGCCGGAGCAGGUCAUCCGCUACUGCUUCCAGGACGGGGCGCAGCCACUGUGGCCGGCGCCGCACUGCCGACCGAAGCCGGGUGACGUGCCAGCCUGCAGCCGCUGCGGCGCGGCGCGCAAGCCCGAGUUCCAGGUGCUGCCGCAGCUGCUGCACUACCUGCGGCUGGAUGAGGAGGACCCGGCCAGUCCCGACUGGUCCACCCUGGUCGCCUACACCUGUUCCGCCUCAUGCAGCCUGCCGCCCGCGGAGGUGGAGUCGUCGCAGUGCGCGUACACGGAAGAGGUGGUGUGGGUGCAGCCGUCAGUGACCCAGUAGCUUGGAGGCUGUAGGUCAGGGCGGUGUGCACGUGCCAGCGAUGUGCAUACAGGACCGCUUUGGGAGCGUGUGGUCAAGUUCUGACUCGGGCGUCUGCGAUACGCGCAGUGUGUGCAAAAGGCAUGCGUGUGUCACGUGGCUUAGGCCAAGAGGAGCGCCGCGCCGGGGCCAAAUGUUCUGUCAGGGUUGCAGCUUACUCGGUGCAUUGUGAGCUCGGUGGGUGGGGUUGCACGGUGUGCGACAUGCUUCUGGGGUCCCAUCAUCAGCAAGACAGCGGGGCUUGCAUCUUCCAGGGGUGGGCCGCCGCCGCAGGCGAGAAGGGCUCUAACCAGUAACCACUUUCUCGCCCACAGCAUCCGGGGCUAGUUGUUGUCGUUUGGGGGGGGGGGGGGCUUCGCCCCCCACCCCCACCCCCGGAAAGGGGUAGUUGGCGAGAUUAGGGGACCCCAUGCAGCCCAACGCGGCAAGAAUGCACCCCCCGGAAUCGCCUAACCUUUCUCGCCUGAGGGCCUACAGUGGGGCCCCGCUUCUUGCCGCUCCCCGAAGAUGCAAGCCCUGCAAGACAGCGGCCAUGCGACAGGAGAGCACGCCAUGGGGGCUGGGGGGUGAGGGAUGCAGGCGCUACGCAGCGUUUAUACGGUUGUGCUUGCACAGUUGGUGACAAAGCCGGUGACAUUUUCACGCUAGCAAGUGUCGGUGUCGGGCUACUGCCAAAUGUGACAUCUGGGCCCAAGGCAAGGUGCAUGCCCUCGUGCGGCAGCCAGUGGCUUCGGCAUUUCGAAUGUUGUUGAAUUACCUCAUCGUGUGCAUAUCUGGAUCUGGGAAU